CUUUCCGAAUGAUCACAUCUGUCAAUUUCAAAGUGCAUGCAAAAUUUAUGUGACGAUUUCUUUUUAUAAAUUCGAGGCUGGCACGUACGAAGCGUUCGCCUUAAUUAAUCAAAGAAAUCUUAAAAAUCCAGAAUGUCCCGCAACAAGGAAAAGGAGGAGACCGACAAACAAACGCGUAUUGCCAUCGUCAGCGAUGACAAAUGCAAACCGAAGCGAUGUCGCCAGGAGUGCAAGAAGUCCUGUCCGGUGGUCCGUAUGGGAAAACUUUGCAUCGAAGUCAGUCCCAUAUCUAAGAUUGCUUCGCUGUCUGAGGAGCUUUGUAUUGGUUGCGGUAUUUGUGUGAAGAAAUGUCCCUUUGACGCCAUCACCAUUAUCAAUGUACCCAGUAACUUAGAGAAGGCCACAACGCAUCGUUAUUCUAAGAACUCUUUCAAAUUGCAUCGUCUGCCCAUUCCCCGUCCAGGAGAAGUGCUCGGUUUGGUCGGACAGAACGGUAUCGGAAAGUCGACGGCUCUGAAGAUUCUUGCCGGCAAACAGAAGCCUAAUCUGGGACGGUAUGUUGAUCCACCAGACUGGUCGGAGAUUCUCGCCUAUUUCCGUGGAUCGGAGUUGCAGAAUUACUUCACCAAGAUCCUCGAGGACAACCUUAAAGCCCUCAUCAAACCCCAAUACGUGGACCAAAUUCCUAAAGCUGUGCGAGGUAGUGUUGCAGCACUGCUUGACCGCAAGGAUGAGCUCAAGAACCAAGACGAGAUUUGCAAAAUGUUGGACCUAACGCACAUUCGGGAUCGCGACGUAGCUGCUUUGUCUGGAGGAGAACUGCAGCGUUUUGCUAUUGCAGUCGUCUGCAUUCAGAACGGAGACAUUCUUAUGUUCGACGAACCCUCUUCGUAUUUGGACGUGAAGCAGAGAUUGAAUGCUGCCGUGACUAUUCGCAGUUUGAUUAAUGCCGACAAAUUCAUCAUUGUGGUGGAGCACGAUUUGUCUGUCCUGGAUUAUCUUUCCGAUUUCAUUUGCUGUUUGUAUGGAAUUCCUGGUUGCUAUGGAGUGGUUACUAUGCCCUUCUCGGUGCGAGAAGGUAUCAACAUCUUCCUUGACGGUUUCGUUCCAACUGAAAACAUGAGAUUCCGAACUGAAUCCUUGACCUUUAAGGUCUCCGAAUCAGCAACGGAGGAAGAAAUCAAACGGAUGAACCACUACGUGUAUCCCAAGAUGACCAAAACCUUGGGUGGUUUCAGGUUGGGCGUCCAAGAGGGUCAUUUCAGUGAUUCGGAAAUUCUUGUUUUGUUAGGAGAGAACGGUACCGGCAAGACGACCUUCAUCCGAAUGUUAGCCGGAAACUUGGAACCCGAUGAGGGCUCUGGCAAAUUGCCUGUCCUCAACAUCUCUUACAAACCACAAAAGAUUUCCCCCAAAUCCCAAGGAACUGUCCGCUAUCUGUUGCACGAGAAGAUCCGCGAUGCCUACGUACAUCCUCAGUUUAUCGCUGAUGUCAUGAAACCAAUGAAAAUCGAAGAAAUUAUGGACCAAGAAGUGCAAAAUUUGUCCGGAGGAGAACUGCAACGUGUGGCCUUGGUGCUUUGCUUGGGAAAACCCGCCGAUGUAUACCUGAUUGAUGAACCGUCUGCUUAUUUGGAUUCCGAACAGCGUUUGGUUGCCGCCAAGGUCAUCAAGCGGUAUAUCCUCCACGCCAAGAAAACUGGUUUCAUUGUCGAGCACGAUUUUAUUAUGGCAACUUAUCUGGCUGAUCGGGUGAUUGUCCUCGAAGGUCAACCCUCGGUGAACACAACUGCAUUUACUCCACAAUCCCUUCUUAAUGGUAUGAAUCGAUUCUUGGAACUCUUGGGAAUCACCUUCCGUCGUGAUCCAAAUAACUUUAGACCUCGUAUCAAUAAGAAUAAUUCAGUCAAGGAUGUAGAGCAAAAACGGUCAGGACAGUUCUUCUUUUUGGACGAUCAAAGUAACUGAAUUAAGAGAAACCCAUAACAUCGAUCACUCUCUUGGCUUCCAGACAACUGCAGCUUCAAAGACAACAACAACAUUUCUUAAUAUUAUGUUCAAAAAAAGAUUUUUUUAAAUAAUUUAUUUUUUAAAAGUGUUUCUACUACUCUACCUACCACACCCAAAAUGGUUCACGUGAAAACAUAAACAUACAAAUAUAAUAUCGGUUCUUCUUCUCUUGAUAAGCGGCGAGAUAUAAAAUAGAUUCGAUUUUUAUUAUUUACAUUCGUACAUGAUUUUUGUAAAAUAACCGAAAACAACAAAAUAGAAAAAGAAAAACUAAAAAUGUGUUGUUAGUUAAAUAACAAUGAAUAGAUAAAAAAAAAUAAUAAAACAAAGAAUUAAAGAAACGGGUGCCAACCGAA